AUGGCGGCCAGGGGCCACGCCGCGGGGCCCGCGGAGUCUCCGCGCUGCGCCGGGAACAACAACGGGACGUGCGCAGAGCAGCUCGGCUUCCCGCCCUUCUCCUCCACGCUCGCGCUCAUUGUGCUGGUGCUCGUGCUCGUGGGGAUCGUUCUGGUUUCCUUGGCAACCUUCCAUCUCCACAAGAGGAAGCUCCAUAAAAGGAAAAUCCUGCGUGCGCAGGAGGAGUACGAGCGCGACAGGCGCAGCCCCGCGCGCGCCUCCGCCAACGAGCUCGUGAGACCGAGUGUCAUUGUUCGGCCGCUCCGAAGUGAAGAGAGGCCCCGGGGCCCCAGCGGGGGCCCCCCCGCCGAGGGACCCCCUGCCGAGACCCAGGGACCCCCCACCCAGGGCCUGGGACCCCCCGCCGACGGACCCCCCGCCGAGGGCCUGGGACCCCCCGCCGAGUCCCCCCCCGCUGGGGGCCCCAGUGACUGUUGA